GCUCUACGCCAGGCGCCUCCUAUGUGGAAUGUCCCGCUCGCGAAUCCACGUCGUCUGUUUAACCGGUAUUUAUGAUCUCAAGUUUUACCUAACCUUUUACGUAUAUGUCAAGUUAUUCGUUUGUUUAUUACUUAGUUACUUAGUUUACUUAUAUUACAGUUAAUUACACUUUUAUUCAUUGUUGAUAAAUACACGUUUCGGCGCGACCGCCAACAAUAUCUUGUGUUCAGUUCUUCUUAGAACCUUUCAACGCGUUUCCACGUGGACCGCACCCACAUAUUAUUUAUUCAUUAUUAUUAAUGUUUGAUAUUACAGAAACGGUACGGAUUUCUAUAUUUUGAAAAUAUUUAUCAAAAUGGAUUUUAGCGGACAAAAUACUACUGCAGGCGUUGUGGGUAUGUAUUGAAAAAUCAAUUUUUCUUUAUGUGAUUAUCGUAAUGUUAUGUUCACAUAAAAUUUUACGUGUAGGUGUGCAUUUUUACAACCGUGUGGCCAAAAGAUUCGGAUACGACCGAGUACUUGGCAUUAAGUGAUAAAAAGUAGUUGACGGUAUAAGUCUACCGGGCACCCAAUGUGUUUGAAUGUUUUUCGCGGAAAUUAUUAUUAAAGAAGUUAUUGAAGUUUCUCGUUAAUACGGUUUUAGCUUAUAUACCUGUUUAUUUUCCUCGUAUUUAUUUAGAAUUGACAUUGCGCUUGGGUAACGCGUAACUCACUGUAACUGGUAUCGAAUUCGAUACUACGUCCAAUGCGCAGUAAAUUUUUGUACUUUUUUGUAAAAAAAAAAAAAUGCGUUUUUAAUUUUCCCUAUUAAAUACCCCACAUGGUUUUGCACAGCAAACUGAAAGUUAUUUACAAAAAUUAUUGCAAACAUUUAUCAGCACGUAGGACAGUAUCAAAUUCAAUACGGCUUCCUACGGCUAACACAUUACACAAUACGCCAAAGUAAAUUCUAAAUGAAUGAAUGGAAAAUAAAUAGGUAUUUAAGCUAAAACCGUAUUAACGACAAACUUCAAACUUGCAUAACUUCUUUAAUAAUGAUUUCCGGAAAAAAAUUCAAACAGUUCUGUAAUCAGCAUCAAAAAACUCAUGAUUUAAAGAAUUGAAAAAUAAAGGGUUUCGUGAAAGGGUAAAGUGAACUUGUUCCAAUAAUCAACACUUUGCAAAUGGAUGUUAAUAUUAAGAGUGGGCAGGUUCGGCGAUAUUGUUCUCGGUUGUAGACCAAAAACAAAAUCAUUAUUAAACAAAAUAUAUAUCUUAGACGAUUAAUUAUCAGCACAUUAUAUUGCAUUGGCACUAAUGUAAAAUCGUCAAAGAUUGUAAAAUAUAAUUUUUUUUUUAGCGUCUCACCCGCUCAAGAAAUUCUUUUAACAAUCACUCAGUCAUGAACACUAUCGAGCACAUACAAUCAUGCCUCUUUUUUUUUUUUUUUUGUCCUUUUGUUAAUCACGAUUCUCAAAUAACUCUGAAUUUUUAGCAGCUAAAAUCUAAUUACUUACGAUCAAUUCAUUUAUAUAUCUAUAUUAAUCAUUCAACCUUUUUCAAUCCUAAUUUAGGUAAAUAUUAGUAUUUUUUAUCUGAGUGCUGCACAUAGUGUGAAUCAUUCAAGGUAGAUUAUUUUAACUGUGUUGUUUUUGCCAUUCAACAAUUUCAGGAUCAUGUAAGAACACCUACAAAUAACCCUAAUGUUUUAACACUGUAAGUAGGUAAACAAAAUUAUACUUUUUAUUAGUAUCGUCAUUAUUUUCAAACUCACUACUCAUAAGCUUUCCGAACACUAGGAGAAAGGUUAUAACGCCACUAUCAGAGUGAAUAAAUAUAUCUAAAACAUUUAUAUUCCAGUGGCGUCAUUAGAAAGGUGGCAGCGGUAACAUUUGAUCCCUUGUCAGCAGGCUAGGUAUAGGCUGUAUAUGCUGGUGUGUAGUAGUUAUUAUGUUUUAUGAUACAUUUAUACUCCAUACAUAUUGGUAAAAAUAAAAUGUGAAUUGGGGUAAAAUUAACUAAAAUUGUAUUUAUAUAGUAGCUAAUAGUUAUUAUAUUUAGGUAUCCCUCUGCGUGUAUAUUUAUUUUUUAGUUAUUGUUGUCCCUCAAAAAAAUCUGUUAUUUAUGCGUAUUUUAGUAAGUAUUAAAUUAUGUAAGCAUGGCAUUUGUAUAGAAAUAAAAAUUUAAUUGCGACAAAUAAUUUAGUGAGCAAUUUUUUUUUAGCUUUAUUAUGGGUCAGUCAAAAAGUUUGCCUUCCCCUCCCAUCUGAAAACUUGUAAUGAUGCUACUGAUUAUUACCAAAAAAGAAACCUACACAUUAUAUUGUUCUGUUAUCUUAUUUAUUUUUCCUUUUUUGAGUUAUUACUUUAGUUUGUUUUUGCCUGUCAUUAUUCUUAGUGCUUAUUAUUGAUGACAUUUUGUUACUUGAUGGAACAUUUCUAUUGUAAUUCAUUUAAAUAAAUACCUAUCUAUUUUAAUCUUAAAUUAAUUAAUUAUUUUUGUUCACAGUAUUUAACAACAUUAACUUAAGUCGACACAUUGAUCAUGGACAUUAAUAAAAGCUUCGAAAAUUCUCCUCUUAAUUCAAAGUGAGUAAAUGAGUUAAAAUUAAAACAAUAACAAUAAUAAUAUUAUUAUGUAAAAAAAAUCACCCAAUUUCAUUUACUACUCGUCCACCUACAAAAACUACUCCCAAAUUACUACAUCGCGUUUCUAAAACUAAAUAAGAGUCACCAACCAAUUUCCAAAUUUAUCAAAUUUUCCGCAUUUAAAAAAUUUGUUAUGACUUAGAGUAUUUUGUGUAAGCACUAGCAUAUUCAGAAAACUUCAUUUAAAGUCAUACAUUUUAUUUGAUUAUUGUACUAUAGGUAGUAAUAAACAUUUAACAUGUAAUAUUUAAUUUUGUGUAAAACUAAUACUUUUUCUUGACAUGAAUUGUCUAUUGUUUAAUCCACAAUGAUUGAAAAAUACUAAAAAUAUUUUAUUUGAUUGAUUGAGUUUGCUAAUUGUUUAUACAAAUUGAUACAAAAAAACUCUAUUUAAGUUAAUUGGUUGAUAAAUAUUUAAGUUAUUAAUAUGACCACAAAUGUACUUUUUGGCGCUCCCAAUAGAUGUUUUUAGAUAUUUAGCCCCAUAAGUUUUUUUUAGAAGUUUUAGUAGCGUGCUUAAAUUGGAUAUAAAUUUAAUGUACCAGCUGUUAUCAUCAGAUUUUCUUCUUUUCCCCGAUUCAGAACAUAAUUGUUUUAUUAAAGCCUGUUGAUGUGUUCUAUCUUUGGUGAUUGAUACAUGAUUCCAUUAGUUCAUAGAUAGUAAUUUAAUUUUUGAUUUGAAGACUUAAAAGAUAUUUGAUUGAGAAUCUAAUUAUAACAGAAUAGGAACAGGGUUUUAAUCCAAACCUGCCUAAACAAUUAGCACAAAUGAUGUUAAUGCUUGACAAAGAUAAAGCUUUCAGUAAGUCUAAACCAGUGGCCAAAUGAAUAGUUGAGUCUUCAUGCUUAGAAUCUGGAACAUUGAAUAAAAGAAUAUUUUUUUCUCUUUAAAUCCUAUUUUUAAUUUGGAAAAAAAGUCCAGAUUGUUUGGGAAUGUCAUGGUAGAAGUAAUUUAGAGCUUUGUUAAUUUUUUACAUUCUGAGGCUAAGUCAUGUUCAAAAUUUAACUUGUCUUGUUUUAGCUGAGAUACUUUGGAACGAAAAUCAUUUAAAUUGAUCUUUAUGGCACUAAAAAUAAUUUCUAAAUUAUUGAAUUUAUUUUUUAUGUUUUUAAAAUAGAUUUCGUGUGGAGGCUGUUACUUUCAUGCUGUUCAGUAAAUUCCAUAUAUUAGAAAUUAGUUGGUUCCUUAGAUGCUAAUGACUUUGUUUUAUUUACCGUUAUCAUUAUUCCUACAUAUAAUGUGGUAGGAAAUUACACAGGUAACAAAAUUAUUGUAAAUAAGCACUUGGGCUUUGGUGAAUACAAUUUGAUUACCUCAGAUAUCAAAAUCCACACCACGAGUUAUCGCAAACCAAUAAAGAAAAUAUUAAAUUGAAACUAACGAGAAGCAAAAAAUGUUGAUAAGAGAGAAGUAGUAUCAACCGUUGUACAUAAAUAGUGGGUUGAAUUGCAUUUAGAGGAUAAUAAUGACUAAUAAUUACUAUUAAUACAAAAGCGGUGAUGUACCAAAUAAAUAUGAUAAUCUAUCUUUUGAAUUGGUUGAGGUUAGGUUAGGAACAAAUUUUAUUUUAUUGUAUUGUAUUGUACUAUUUUUGUAUUUGUUUUUAAUGAUAUUAGUGUUAUUACUGAUUAUAAUAAUCAUAUUUUUCAGCGUUUUAUGCAGCUCUAAACACGAAGGUGAAGAAAUAAUUAUCUAUAUUAAAAAAGAAGUAGACAUCAUUGAUGGUUUUGUUUAUGAGAGUGAAGUUGUUAUUGAAACUGAUCUAAAAAAAUCUAUUUUGUACUAAAAAUCACAAUUGCAAGAAAAAUACUUUGAAUGCUCUUAUUGUAGUAACUUAUUUUUGUUAAAAUCAAAUUUAAAAUUGCAUAUAAAAAAAUCACAUGAAAGUUUAUAGUGAUGUAAGACUUUACUAAUGUGAAGUCAGUGAGAAGACUUAAGAAGUCAGAAAAAAAAUUUUAACAGACAUAUAAAAACUCACAGAGAGUGUAAAAAACUUUUACUUAAUUAAGUCAUUUAAAAAACCAUAAGAAAAUUCAUACUGGAGAAUAGCCUAAUGAAUGUAAAGUAUUUAAGAAGUCAUUUGCUAAAAAAUACCCUUUGGAGAUUCAUGAAAGAACUCAUACAGAAGAAAAACCUUGUGAAUGUAGAGAGUAUAAAAAACUUUUAUUUAAUUAAGUCAUUUAAAAAACCAUAAGAAAAUUCAUACUGGAGAAUAGCCUAAUGAAUGUAAAGUAUUUAAGAAGUCUUUUGCUAAAAAAUACUCUUUGGAGAUUCAUGAAAGAACUCAUACAGAAGAAAAACCUUGUGAAUGUAGAGAGUGUAAAAAACUUUUACUUAAUUAAGUCAUUUAAAAACCCAUAAGAAAAUUCAUACUGGAGAAUAGCCUAAUGAAUGUAAAGUGUUUAAGAAGUCAUUUGCUAAAAAAUACUCUUAAGAGAUUUAUGAAAUAACUCGUACAGAAGAAAAACCUUGUGAAUGUAGAGAGUGUAAAAAACUGUUAUUUAUAAUUAAGUCAUUUAAAAAACCCUAAGAAAAUUCAUACUGGAGAAUAGCCUAAUGAAUGUAAAGUAUUUAAGAAGUCAUUUGCUAAAAAAUACUCUUAAGAGAUUUAUGAAAUAACUCGGACAGGAGAAAAACCUUAUGAAUGUAAUAUUUGUAAGCAGUAAUUUUCAAGAACUGACUAUUUAAAUGUAUAUAAAUUAAUUCAUAUUGGAAAAAAGCCUUGAGUAUGUAAUAUGUUUUUUGUCAAUUUGUAUUUUUUUCAAUAGAGUUUUAAAAAUGUACAAAAGAAUUCAUAGUGAGGAAAGAUCGCACCAAUGUAACAUGAGUAAUAAGACAUUUUCUCAAAAACCUAAUAUGCCAUAUGAUGAAGGAUCAUAC